AUGACCGUCACUUUAGGUACUACUUUAAAAGUGACAUCCGAAUACGCAAAUUUUAAAAUUCAACCAAGUAAAUCGAUACAUUUCAAAAUGUCUAGCGCAAGUGGUGUUAAUGCCAGCGAUGAAUGCAUGGAAGUUUUUCAAGAACUUAAAUUAAAAAAAAAAUACAAAUACAUUUUGUACAAAAUUAAUGAUGAAAAAGACAAGACAGAAAUCGUUCUUGAUAGGGCAGAAGAAAAUGCCACCUACGAAGACUUCAAGGAUGUCUUGGUUAAAGAAUUGAAACAACAGCCCCGUUACGCCGUUUUUGAUUUCGACUACGAAAAGACCGGUGAAGGUCCACGUAAUAAGCUCGUAUUCUUCUCUUGGGUCCCCGACACUGCGCCUGUCAAAACCAAGAUGCUUUAUGCUUCAAGCAGAGAAGCUAUCCGCAAGAAGCUUGUAGGCGUUGGAAUUGAAGUACAAGGAACUGAUGAAGAAGAAGUUGACUAUGCAACCGUUCUAGAGAAA